AUGUAUCAGACAGUCAUUCUAGAAAAAGUAUUUAUAUUCAUAAUGGAUGCAAAUGAUGACUCAACUGCUCAUACAUCAGACACAACCGCAUCGUUGCUUAUAGAUUUGUUUUCAAAUGAAAUCAAUAAACAAGAUGUUAAUGGACUACUUCAUGCACAAAAUUUAUUACUUGAACAAUUGGAUAAAACAAAUGAAAAAUUGGAUGGAAUUAAUAAAAUAUCAGCUGAACGUUAUGUAGAUGCAACAAAAGAAUUUGCAAAUCAUACACAAAUGUUAAUAACUAUGAAAAGAGAUCUUGACUUGAUUUUUAAACAAAUUAAAUUACUUAAAACACAAUUAAAUAAAAAAUAUCCUGAGCCUUAUGCAUCUGUCGCUGAUAUAAAUACAAAACAAGAUGAUUCUCUUGAUGACGAAGAAGAUGAUGGUUUAGCUUCAGCAAUAAAACCUAUUAAUACCUCAUCACUUGUUAAAUCAAAAACAGUUGAUUGUUCGGAAUUAUCAUCAUCACUACGUGAAACGUAUACUUUACCACAAAUCAAUGAUAAUACUACUGAACAAUCACUAAGUCCACUUGAUGCUGUACGACGAUUUGUAUUUAAUAAAUCAUCGGGUGGACCAGAAUUGACAACAUUUUUUAAAAAUGCUCGCAACGAAUUAAGAAAAAUUAAUGAAGGAUUUCUUGGUAGCAAUAAUCAAAAACAAUCGACAUCUCAUGAAGAAUAA